AUUCUUUCCAACCUUCUCAACAAAGCACCAUCUAUUUCAGUUUUACUUUCGAACAACUGGGAUUGAAACCUUCUGAUUCUUUGAAACUUCCAUUUCCACCAGAAUUCCUACGCAUUUUCGUGCUUCUUUGUCUCCAUAUCGGUAUAAUCAGUCACGUGAUCCACGCGUCAGUGGCGGCCCGCCCUGGAACCGAUCACGUCUCCCGUCGGAACCUGCAACUACCAAUCCAACAUUGUCGCUUUUCGCGAACCUGAUUUCCUAAAGCCUUCAUCUAAAGAGGCUGAGCGUUCAUCAGAAAUCAUGUCAACAAUUCCCCCACCACAAGGCAACGGCCUUCCCUCACAGCCACCGGCUGGAGCAACAGCACCCGCUGCCGCCGCGGCGCCAGCAGCAGCCGAUGCCGCGACAAUGGAGGAUCAAGCCGCGGCCGACGGCGCAACAACAACAGCAGCAGCGGGAGGUGACGCGACAGCCAACACCACCACCACCACUACAGCGCCCGCCGCCGCUAACGACGAUCAACGACCAAACAUGGACAUCCCCUCGCUACCAGAACCCAAGCUUCCCACGCGCAAGGACGUCUCUCUCAAGGAGCUUCUGUCCAAGAUGGAUGAAUACGCGCCUAUCAUACCGGAUGCAGUAACAUCCUACUACAUGACCCGCGCCGGCCUUCCUCCCCCGCCACAAACCGAUCAACGUCUGGCCCGUCUGCUCGCCUUGGCAACACAAAAGUUUAUUGCCGACAUCGCCGCCGACGCCUACCAGUAUUCCCGCAUCAGGGCAUCCAACACCAACGCGAACAACCCGAUGGGCAGUCUGGGUGCCGCGGCGGGGUUCCCUAUUCCUGGACAACCGACCAAUCAGGCGGCGGGGGCGAAGGAUCAGGGCAGAGGUGGACCGUUGGGUAUCCAGAGGCCGGGGUACGGUGGUGGUGGACAGGGUGGCAGCCAGAAUAGGACGGUGCUGACGAUGGAGGAUUUGGGCAUGGCGGCAGGGGAGUUUGGGGUUAAUGUGAAGAGGAGCGAGUUUUAUCGCUAGGGGGGCAGUCACGGUCACGGUGCAGGACUGUCUGCUCUACUGAUGAGAAGGGAUGGGGAAACGGUGGGUGGUUUGCCUGAGUGUGAGCGGAAUGGUGGCAUGGCAGACCAAAGGAUGAUACUAUCUUAAAGGGGCGGCAACAAGUGGUUACUUGCUCAAGGAGGAGGAUAUCAAGAGGAUGAUGCAUCGAUGGAUGGAUGGAUGGGCAAAGGGUCGGCAAUCAAGGGUCCAACACGGGAACGGUGCAAAAGGGGUUUGGGGUCAUCGGGUCUUCUUUUCUUUUUCCUUUUUUUUUUUCCUUUUUUUUUUUUUUUUUUUUUUUUUUUUGCGCUUGGCGUUCAGGAGGCGCCGUUAUGGAAGAUUGCCAUCGUCCUGUUUGCUCUCAGUGAACCCGUUAUGACUACUAGUCUAGGCUAAAAAUAAUAAUACCUGGCGAUACUAGCAUAUUUUUAUCAAUUACAAAGCAUAAUUAAAC